AUGAAAUUACUGAACUUUCUUUUUAUUCCUCAUUCAUUCUUUUUAUACUCAUCUACAAAAGCUUUAUCUUCUCUUCACGGUAUAGAGAUUGGUAGCUGUGAAAAUUAUUUUCUUGCCUUCUAUACUUAUUUGGCUAUGGUUACGAUGAACGUGCGGGAGAGCGCAAUGAUAAACGCCCUUGAAUAA